UGUAAAGCCAACGGUUUGUUUUCCUUAGCUGUUAGCAUUGAAGCUCCUGUGAAAGAUGCCUGUGUCUGUCAUGAUGGCUGAACCUGAUGAAAAACUGUUGUUGCAGUUUGAAACUCAAGAGCUGGAGGCUCCUGGUGGCAUUGCAACGCCUCAAGUGUAUUCACAGCUACUGGUCCUAUAUCUCCUACAUAGUGAUAUGAACAAUGCCAGAUAUCUUUGGAAACGGAUACCACAAGCAAUUAAAACAGCAAACCCAGAGUUGGCAGCUAUAUGGGCUGUAGGACAACGGAUAUGGCAAAGGGACUUUCCAGGGAUCUACAAUGCUAUUGCUGCUUACCAGUGGUCUGAAAACAUCUUACCUGUAAUGGAAGCUUUAAGAGCUGAGAUGGACAUACAGCGAACUGCCUCCUUGUUGGGGUCUUCUGGCUCCAUGGAGAGCCUUGAGAAACAGCUGAGCUGCCCGAUCUGUCUAGACAUGUUCACCAAACCAGUGGUGAUCUUACCCUGUCAGCAUAACCUAUGCCGAGGAUGUGCUAGUGAUCUUUACGACUCAAGAAAUCCUUACCGUUUCUCUGGAGGUGUCUUCAGGUGCCCUACUUGCCGUUUUGAAGUGGUUCUCGAUCGCCACGGUGUACAUGGACUUCAAAGAAAUCUUCUAGUUGAGAACAUAAUUGACAUAUACAAACAGCAACAAGAAGGUCUUGGUGGUGGUGGUGGUGGUGGCACCCCGGAAACAUCUAUAAAACCCAAGAAGUCCACGGAGCCGAUGUGCCAAGAGCACGAGGAUGAAAAGAUCAACAUCUACUGCGUGACCCACCAAGUUCCAACCUGCUCUAUGUGUAAGGUAUUCGGCCAACAUAAAGACUGUGAGGUGUCGCCACUUGCUAGUGUCUACCAGGCUCAAAAAGGAGAGCUGAGUAAUGCCAUUGAUACUCUCGUGGCUGGAAAUGGUCGCCUUCAGGCAUUACUCAACCAGAUGGAGGAGGCCAGUACGGCCGUUCAGGAUAACGCUCAACGGGCUAAGCAAAAGCUGGGCGAACGAUUCGAUUCACUGUACGCCGCCUUGGAAGAGCGCAAAAACGCCCUCUUGGAACGUAUUAGUAAAGAGCAAGAUGAGAAGGUGGCCGCUCUCAGGGCUUUGGCUAGCCGUUACGGGGAUCGUCUUCAGGCAGCCACAGAGUUAACAGACACGGCGGUUCGCGCCCUGGAACAAAGCGGAGCUGCAGAAUUCCUACAGGCCUCGAAGAACCUGAUUACCCAAACGAAAGAUGCGGCGAAGAGUUCACUGUCCGAAGAAAGACCCGAGCCAGGAUUCGAAAGAAUGGACCAUUUUACUUUGGAUACAGAACACGUGGAGACUUUGUUGUCUAAGAUGGACUUUGGAGGAGAUAAUGAUGAUGAGGAAUUUGAAGACGCAGAAGAUGAGGAGGAAGAGGAGUGAAUAGAUUGCACUGCUUAUGGUAUUGAAGAUUAAAGGAGACGCAAGGAAGGGCAAAAUCAAGAUGGCUGCACAAGCAAGGACAGUGACAAUGAGAAAUGGGUUCAUGAGGUUUAUAUGUUUGGAUAUCGCUGCUAAGCAGUGUCGGCAUUUCAACUUUUGAUCAUAAGAAAAUCUCUUAUUUAGGUGCCUUUUUUAUACUUUUUUAAUUGUUAAUAUCCUUCCGUUGUCACUUUAGAAGUUAUCUUUAUUUUAAAUUGUUAACUAAUGCACAGAGAAUGAUGAAUUAAGUUUGGCUCAUCAUUGCGAUGUUUCUCCUGUUAUGUUUCUUUAUACAGAUCUGAUCAGAUUAAGGUGUACUUAAAUGUGGACUUAUGCUUUAAUAUGAAAUAAAACCCUUUAAAUAUUGUGAUUAAUCA